AUGAAGGAACUGAACCUAUCGGCUCUUGGGAGCAAGGGGGCAGUGUUUUUUCGACUCUCCUCUGCCCAACAUGUUGUCCGGGCCUUCUCGGCAGCGUGCGGGGAGAGCAAAAUCGUGGUGGAAGUCAAGAGAGACCUCUUCGGUACUAGCCAGCUGAUCAAGCCCUCAGGUAUCAGCCUGGGAGACUGUGCGGUCCCCCUGCAGAAUGACUGGGCGCAGACCUUGAUUUUCGAGACGCCGCGGUUUCACAACUUGAGCAGCAAUGCCCUAAAGCCAACUUGGGUCCCAUAUACCUCAACCAAAUCUGCCGAAGAUGUCCUGGGCUUCACAAUGGGACUCAUGAAUGAAUGGCUUCAGCAUGUCUGUUCUUGGACUGCUUCUUCCCAGAGGUCCUGCAAUGUGUUCUACCUGGGGGAUGUCCUGAACAUCGAAGCCCCCGUCACCCAGGCCAACCACCAGCCCCCGCGGCUCUUUGUGGACAGCUGCGUGGCCACCUUGGUCCCUGACCAGACCUCCACCCCCAGCUACUCCUUCAUUGAGAACAAAGGGUGCCUGACUGAUGCCAAGCUGACAGGGUCCAACUCUCAGUUCAUGCCAAGAUUCCAGGACUCUAAGUUGCAGAUGAAGCUGGAUGCCUUCAGAUUUCAAAGAGAAGCAAGGAACUUGAUCUACAUCACCUGCCACCUGAAGGUGACUGCCGUUUCCCAGAGUGUGGACUCCCUGAACAAGGACUGCUACAGUGAGGGCAGCAGGUGGAGAUCAGUGGAUGGGAGUGACCAGGUCUGCAGCUGCUGUGACUCCCGCUGUGCGGCUACAGUAUGA